AUGUUUUGGACCAAAGAUCACGAUUUGAUACUAUGCCGUGAAGUUCUUAAUCUUAAUCCAUUCACUACAAAAAAAGGCUCAACACAACGAAGUACAAUUUGGGAUAAAGUGGCUACAACACUGAAUAAUUGUUCCUGUCUGGCAUUUAAUGUUGACAAGCGAUCUGUUAGAGAUCAUGUUGGAAUAUUACAAAACAGGCAUAAAAAGAAAUUGAGAGCUGAAGAAAAGGCAACUGGUAUUGUACCUGAUGAGCCGACAGAGUUGGAAGACCUGUUAGAGCAAAUAAUUGCCCUGGAAGAAAGUGCAGAGGCAGAGCAACAGGAAACUGGUCAGGAGAAGAACUGA